AUGUAUAAUAAUAAUAAUAAUAAUAAUAAUAAGUUAUCUAGGAAGGCUAGUCACGACUCUCAUGGCCAAGACUCUUCUUACUUUCUUGGAUGGCAAGAAUAUGAGAAGAAUCCUUAUCACCCCAUUCAUAAUCCAUCUGGGAUCAUUCAGAUGGGGCUUGCUGAGAAUCAGCUUUCAUUUGACCUUCUUGAAUCAUGGCUUCAAAGAAACCCUGACAUAGUGGGGUUGAAGAAAGAUGGGGCAUCCAUAUUUAGAGAACUUGCUCUAUUCCAGGAUUACCACGGCUUGCCUGCUUUCAAAAAUGAAAUGGUGGACUUUAUGGCAAAAAUAAGAGGAAAUAGAGUCAAAUUUGCUUCGGAGAGGCUUGUCCUCACAGCUGGCGCAACUCCUGCAAAUGAGAUUCUGAUGUUUUGCCUUGCUAAUCCAGGGGAAGCUUUCAUUCUUCCCACACCUUAUUAUCCUGGGUUUGAUAGAGAUCUAAAGUGGCGAACAGGGGUUGAGAUUGUCCCAAUGCAUGGCUCCAGCUCAAACGGUUUCAGAAUCACUUCCUCUGCUUUAGAACAAGCUUAUCAACAAGCACAAAAACUGAGCCUCAAAGUCAAAGGGGUCCUAGUAACUAACCCCUCCAACCCACUGGGCAUAACCAUGACCAAAACCGAACUCAACCACCUCCUCGAUUUCGCCAUCGACAAGAACAUCCACAUAAUAAGCGACGAGAUCUACUCAGGAACAGUCUUCGACUCACCCGGGUUCGUAAGCAUCAUGGAAGUAGUCAACGACAGAAUUAGCCAACACGGGAACGCCGUUUUGAACCGCAUUCACGUCGUUUAUAGUCUUUCAAAAGAUCUUGGCGUUCCGGGGUUUCGCGUUGGAAUGGUUUACUCGAACAACGAAACGGUUGUCGCUGCUGCCACCAAAAUGUCAAGCUUCGGAUUGGUGUCUUCGCAAACGCAGUAUUUGCUUGCGAACUUACUGAGAGACAAGAAAUUCACUUUGGAAUACAUGGAAGAGACUCAGAAGAGACUGAAGAUGCGCAAGGAGAUGCUUGUUUGUGGCCUCGGAAACGCAGGGAUUGGGUGCUUGAAGAGCAAUGCAGGGUUGUUCUGUUGGGUGGACAUGAGGCAUUUGUUAAGUUCCAAAACUUUUGAGGCAGAGAAGGAGCUUUGGAUGAAGAUUCUUUGCCACGUUGGUUUGAACAUUUCUCCUGGAUCUUCUUGCCACUGCUCCGAACCUGGCUGGUUCAGGAUUUGCUUCGCCAACAUGUCCGAAGACACGUUGCAAGUUGCAAUGCGACGAAUGAAGGCUUUUACGACACAAGUAACAUCUGUUAUUGACACUCAUACAGUGCUACCAAUUAUACAACAACAAGGUCAAUUUCUUAGUGGCUUUUCCACUUACGUAUGA